AUGGGGUCUGUUCAUCUUUCCCCUUUUCCUCGCUUCCCCCUCCAUCUCUCUCCCACCCACCCCAGAGAAGGCAUAUACAGCGACCCAGGGUGUGCAGCAUCGGGGGUGGGCAUAUACAGCGACCCAGGGUGUGCAGCGGCGGGGGUGGUGGAUCACAGCGUGGUGGUGAUGGGGUACAGCUUAACGUCAUCAGACGGCGCCUACUGGAUCCUGCGCAACAGCUGGGGGGCCACCUGGGGCAUGCAGGGAUACAUGCAAAUGGCCUUUGAGGGAGGCGUUGGCAUCUGUGGAAUUCACUCAGUGCCGGCCCUCUACCCCAUCAUCCAGAUGAGCGUGGCGCCGCCCCUCAAGGGGGCAGUAUACUGUGCGCUCUAUUACUCGUGGACGGAAAAUGACACGUGUGAGGCGCUGGCGAGCAAUUUCUGGCUCACAGUGGACGAAUUGGAGGAGAUCAACCCGGGCAUCAACUGCACUGAUAGCACCGCCUGGAAUGCUCCUACUGUAAACCAGCAGGUGGGAUGCGGUGUAGGGCGGUGUAGAGAGGUGCAGAGUGCGGUGCUCGGUGGUGUGACGGACACGUUCUGGCUCACAGUGGACGAGUUGGUGGAGCUCAACCCGGGGAUCAACUGCACUGAUUGCACCGCCUGGAACGCUCCGACCGUGAACCAGCAGCUGUGUGUGGCGAAGGGCAGUAACGGGGGGGACGUGCCCACGCUGCCCAUGUGCACGGCAUGGUACACAGUACAGUCAGGGGACAUGUGUGAGAGCAUCAUGACGGACUUUUCUCUCAACCAAACUGCCUUCUUCUCACUCAACCCGGGCGUGGGCUGCGACAGCCUAUUCUUUCCCUCUGUUGGGGGCGCUGACUUCGACUGGAGUGGGAAUGGCGUGCAGGUGUGUGUGGAUGCCUAUCUAGCGGACACCACCGGCACAUCCACCCCUCGCUCACUCCGCGAGCUCCUCCGGACGCCACCACUCCUCACCUCCUCAUCCUCUGUUUUGACUUUCUCAACACGAGGAAGACUGCUCGGUCUUGACACCUCCUCCCACCCAUCAGCCUCCUCCACGCAUCGCCUCCCAACCCUCAUUCCGUCUCACUCCGCGCAACCAUUGAGAGGCCGCCAGCUGGCGGCGUCAAAGAAGCGGUGCCUGGCGUUCUACUCGGUGACGCGGGGGGACUUCUGUGCGCGCAUCAUAUCGCUCAAGUUCCAGAACAGCGCGCGUUUGCUUGCGGAUCUGAACAACGGAUACGUGUGCACCAACGACAGGCUCUAUGUGGUGUGCGUGCAAGAGAGGUCCACGAGUGAGCUGAGCAGCUUCCUUCCCUCCCUUCCCCGUUCCCCGCCUGUGCACUUCCUUCGCAAAGCAUCCCGCGAGCUGUCUAACGGCUGUGUUCGUGACGAGCUCAGGGCGUGCCUCGAGAUUAGAGCAGCGUGCCUCGAGAUUAGAGCAGCGUGCCUCGAGAUUAGAGCAGCGUGCCUCGGGAUUAGAGAAGCGCGCCUCGGGAUUAGAGCAGCGCGCCUCGAGAUUAGAGCAGCGUGCCUCGAGAUUAGAGCACCGUGCCUCGAGAUUAGAGCAGAGCGCCUCGGGACUAGAGCAGCGUGCCUCGGGAUUAGAGCAGCGCGCCUCGAGAUUAGAGCAGCGUGCCUCGAGAUUAGAGCAGCGUGCCUCGGGAUUAGAGCAGCGCGCCUCGGGAUUAGAGCAGCGCGCCUCGAGAUUAGAGCAGCGUGCCUCGAGAUUAGAGCAGCGUGCCUCGAGAUUAGAGCAGCGCGCCUCGGGACUAGAGCAGCGUGCCUCGGGAUUAGAGCAGCGCGCCUCGAGAUUAGAGCAGCGUGCCUCGAGAUUAGAGCAGCGUGCCUCGAGAUUAGAGCAGCGCGCCUCGUGACUAGAGCAGCGUGCCUCGGGAUUAGAGCAGCGCGCCUCGAGAUUAGAGCAGCGCGCCUCGUGACUAGAGCAGCGUGCCUCGGGAUUAGAGCAGCGCGCCUCGAGAUUAGAGCAGCGCGCCUCGAGAUUAGAGCAGCGCGCCUCGAGAUUAGAGCAGCGUGCAACGAGAUUAGACAGACCGAACCAAAGCCCCUUUUCGUGCCGCGGACAGCCGCCGCCAUGCGCAUCCUCGGCGGAGUUUGUUGUCACGCGCCAUUGCAAUUCAUAAGCAAUCGCGUCCUCGGCGGCGUUUGUUGUCACGCGCCGCACGGGGCGGCGGCUCAGCGGCCCUGCGAUUUGCUAUCGAAUCAAACCUUCCCUCGCGCCGCCGCGCGCGGAGGGAGACUCCUCUCUUCUGACUCGCGGCGUCGCGGUUCAACGUCCAACGGUAGAGACUUCUUCGCGUCCCGGCAGGCGUGCUACGCGGUGAUCGUUCUUCUCGCCGCGCUGCUCGCUAGUGGCGGCGUCGCUGUUGCUGUCGCAGCCCCUCGAAAGCAGAAAACACCGAGCUAUCCAUGGAGCGCGAAUCCUGCUCUUGCCUCGGUGACUCCCAAGUACGCGAACCGCUUCUUCCGGCUGAUCAGCACGCUCUUCGACGCGUCCACGGGGAACGUUAUAACGGAGAUUCUUACCGACGGUCGCAACUGGGUGGAGGAUCCGCGCCUCGAGCCCGUUCUCGCGCUGCGCUCCGAGGGCAAAUGCAAGGCAUCAUGGGCCAUCACAGCAGUGAGCGCGGUGGAAAUGGCGUACGCGUUAGUGGCCGCCUCGACGCCCUCCAUGGAUCCCCCCCAGCGCUUAUCAGUGCAACAGGUGCUGGAAUGCAGGAACAGCACGGGCAGCAGCUGUGCGGCGGGCGGGUGGCCGACAGCAGCGCUGGACUUCAUGGUGGACGCCACAAUGACGUGGGGGGGGCUUGCGAGCGAUGCUGGCUAUGCGUACACGCAGAAGGACGGCAAAUGCAACCGCAACAAGGUACGCCCGGGGGUGGUUUGCCUGGGGGAGGUUUGCGAGGGGGUGGUCUGCCUGGUGGAGCCCUGUCAUGCCGCUCUUUGUCUAAUCCUCACCCUGUCCCUUCUCUUCCACUUUUCGUCCCCCCCUUCAGGGCAUAUACGGCGACACAGGGUGUGCAGCGGCGGGGGUGGUGGAUCACAGUGUGGUGGUGAUGGGGUACAGCAUCACAGCAAUCGAGGGAGCCUACUGGAUCCUCCGCAACUCCUGGGGGGCCACCUGGGUUUCGUCUGUAGCGAGCUCUCAGUGCCUGCCAUCUACCCUGCCAUCUACCCUGCCAUCUACCCUGCCAUCUACCCUGCCAUCUACCCUGCCAUCUACCCUGCCAUCUACCCUGCCAUCUACCCUGCCAUCUACCCUGCCAUCUACCCUGCCAUCUACCCUGCCAUCUACCCUGCCAUCUACCCUGCCAUCUACCCUGCCAUCUACCCUGCCAUCUACCCUGCCAUCUACCCUGCCAUCUACCCUGCCAUCUACCCUGCCAUCUACCCUGCCAUCUACCCUGCCAUCUACCCUGCCAUCUACCCUGCCAUCUCCCCUCCGCCCUCUCCCCUCCGCCCUCUCCCCUCCGCCCUCUCCCCUCCGCCCUCUCCCCUCCGCCCUCUCCCCUCCGCCCUCUCCCCUCCCCUCCGCCCUCUCCCCUCCGCCCUCUCCCCUCCGCCCUCUCCCCUCCGCCCUCUCCCCUCCGCCCUCUCCCCUCCCCUCCGCCCUCUCCCCUCCGCCCUCUCCCCUCCGCCCUCUCCCCCCCGCCCUCUCCCCUCCGCCCUCUCCCCUCCGCCCUCUCCCCUCCGCCCUCUCCCCUCCGCCCUCUCCCCUCCGCCCUCUCCCCCCCGCCCUCUCCCCCCCGCCCUCUCCCCUCCGCCCUCUCCCCUCCGCCCUCUCCCCUCCGCCCUCUCCCCUCCGCCCUCGCCCCUCCGCCCUCUCCCCUCCGCCCUCUCCCCUCCGCCCUCUCCCCUCCGCCCUCUCCCCUCCGCCCUCUCCCCUCCGCCCUCUCCCCUCCGCCCUCUCCCCUCCGCCCUCCGCCCUCCGCCCUCCGCCCUCCGCCCUCCGCCCUAUGCCCUCUGCCCUCUGCCAUGGUUACUUAUGGCCCCUCGGGCCUGCCGUUCUUUCGUUCUUCUGAUCUCAUUCUGUUCUCUCCUCCCUCCUCCCUCCUCCGUCCUCCCUCCUCCGUCGUCCCUCCUCCCCCUCCCUCCUCCCUCCUCCUCCCUCCCUCCCUCCUCCUCCCGUCCUCCGUCCUCCUCCUCCCUCCUCCCUCCUCCCUCCUCCCUCCUCCCUCCUCCCUCCUCCCUCCUCCCUCCUCCCUCCUCCCUCCUCCCUCCUCCCUCCUCCCUCCUCCCUCCUCCCUCCUCCCUCCUCCCUCCUCCCUCCUCCCUCCUCCCUCCUCCCUCCUCCCUCCUCCCUCCUCCCUCCUCCCUCCUCCCUCCUCCCUCCUCCCUCCUCCCCUUCCCACCUCCCCUUCCCACCUCCCCCUUCCCCUACCCUACCCACGCCACACACGGCGUCCCCGCCAUGCCUGUCACCUCCUCCCACCCUCCUCCCCUCUCCCCUUACCCCUUGCCCCCCCCCCACAACAGCGCCCUUGCCAUGCCAGUCACCACAGAACCCACAUAG